GAUCAUAACUAGCCAUGUAAGUUAAAUGCCGUUUUUUUAAAUAAUAUAUCAAACUGCAAACAGUACGAAUAUUUUUAAUUUUUAAAAUUAAUUCACAAUUAUGCCAAUAGCCAGAUUCUGGUAAUACUGUCAACGAUUGGUCGAUAUUAAUUACAAUGGCCGGCGGCGCAGCCAAAAGGUCGUCGGAUGACGGGCUAGUUACGGAGGGCAAAAAGAAAAAAAUUUCCAAAGAUAAACGCGAAUCGCUUGUGGGGAAAGAAAAAUUGUCAUCAAACUGCAAUGGAGAUUCGAAGCAAAAAAAAGCUUUUUUUGCAUAUUUUGGUAAAACCCUUGACAGUAAAACAGAAAAAUCUACUGGAACUGUAAUGAUUGAUUUGGACAACGAUAAUAGCGAUUUGAGUAAUAGUAUAGAUUGCAAUGCUGAUCUGCCUCCCAGUAAAAAGAAGAAAAAAAUCAUUGAUAGAAAAUUAAUAAAGAGUUCUUCUUUUGUCAAUAUUUGUGCAUUAGAGAGGAACGAUAAUUUGACUUACAACAGUUAUUUUUAUGAAAAGUUAAGUUGUUUUCCAAAAAUUACUCAUGCAAACUGGUCACUGGUGCAAAAUGUUUCAGAUGACGUGUUGAAUUUAAGAGACACAGUAUUGCACGACAAUGUUGUAAGAAGCACAAAUCUUGUUUUUACUACCUUAGGCUCAAAUAUCGAGGGCCUUACAUUGGAGCCUUACCAAACAUCUAUUGAUGUACCAUACAUGGUUAAAUCGUUAAAAAAUAGUAUUCCAGAUUUAGCAAUUUCUGAUAUGUACAAACAAUUAAAGAAGAAACGAGUACUAACCCAUAAGAACUCUAAUAAAGAUGAAGAUAUGUGGGUUGAUAAAUAUAAGCCUGCAUGUUGUGCAGAAGUCCUCGGCAAUAAUAUGCUUGUCAAGGAUUUAAAAAGAUGGUUGGAAUCUUAUAGAAAAAACUCUAAUUAUAAACUCACAACAUCUAGUAACUAUGAUGAUUUGAUUGAUGACAGUGACAGUAAUUCUAGCCAGAAAGUACCACUUAACUUAGCCAUUCUCUCUGGACCAAGCGGUUGCGGAAAAACUGCAGCCGUUUACGCCGCGGCUAAGGAACUAGAUGCCAAUAUUAUAGAGUUGAACGCUUCUUGUAAUCGAAAUGGAAAACGAAUACUAACUGACCUAAUAGAAGCAACUCAGUCUCAUGCUGUUAAAAAAAACAUUUUUAGUAUGGUUAAAGAAAAAAAAAGAAAAGUCAAGAAUGUUAAAAAACAAGAAGAUAAAAAAGAAAAAAUGUCAAUUAUACUGAUAGAAGAUGCCGAUAUAUUCUUCGACAACUAUGAUGAUGGAUUUUUGUCUGCAAUAUCUACUUUAGGAAGGGAUUCUAAGCGGCCAUUAAUUUUAGUUGUAAAUGAUCCAUUUAGCAAUCACUUAACUAAAUUUUUUUUUUCAAAUGAAAUUACCCUUAGUUUUGACUAUCCGCCCAAAAAACAUUUGAAAGGUCUUCUUCAUUUGAUAGCAUUAACCGAAGGUGCUAUAUUGACAGAAAAGGAAAUAGACUCAUUGGUACAUCCUUUUAAACCUGAUAUCAGGCAAAGUUUAUUGCAGUUACAGUAUAUUAUAAAAAGCGGAGAGCUAGUACAGAGUACGCCCAAACCUACUUAUGAAAGAAACAUAGACUCAUUAUGGUGGAAUUGGCCAACAUUAAACGGUAAUGUGGUGUCUAAUUCUGGAGAAGACGAAAAAAAUAAUUUCACAAAAAAUAUUUCAACUUUAUCUCAAUACUUAGAUACACUGUCGCAAAUGAAUAUUAUAUAUUCUAAAACACAGAAUUAUGGGUUUUUGGACCCACAACCAUUUUGGUAUCAUCUUACAACAAGAGAUAGUGCUACAUUAUGCACUAGUAAUCAUUCGCCAGUUAAUGCUAACGAAUUGUCAAUUGAAAUAACCCAGUGGGUUCAUGAUAAAAUUAAUAAUCAGAAUGCUGUUCAUGAAUUACAAUAUCCCUCUUCAGAUAUUUUAUGUUCUCGGCAAAAAAUAUGGGAAAUCUCCAAAGAUAUAUUAAAUCAAAUUGGUUUGGAAAACUGCAAUCGUAAAAACCAAACAAGUUUCGAUUACUUGGCUACUAUACGAUCUAUGAGCCGAAUGCAGGGAUCAAGCCAACCGUCUGGUAACUUACGGCACACUAAGUAUUUUUCAUACCUAAAGCGACUUGGUAUUGACGUUAACAACAUGGAGUUGAAAAACCUAUGUGAUUCUCUCUGUUCUAGUUCUAAUUAUGAUAAACCUGUUGUAGUAUCUGAUCAGUUUUAAUUAGUCAUUUUAUACCAAUUUUUUUUUUAUUAUUAUGAAUACUUACCAAUUUUUUUGUAUUACUCUAAAUUUUUAUGGGAUAUACAUUAUUUUUGAUAAAUAAACCCUUAAAAAAAAUAUAGUGUCUGACAACUAUUUUACCAUGUAAAAUUAGAAUCUUGGUUUUAAGUCUACAUCCUAAUUUUGUGAAUAAUUGUAGUAUUUCAAAAAUGUCUCAGUAGCUGAUGAAUAACUACUUGAAAAAAAAAUUAAUAUUACUAAAGUGAAACUGU